AUGAAAGGGCUACGACUCGUUUUCCUGACUUUAUUCCUAGUCCAAACCCUGGCCGACAAAGCGUUUUACCGGAAAAUCCAAUUGUCAAAAUGCAACCGCGGACUCGAUUGUGGCCGUUACGGCGAUUGUAUGGAUUGCACAUUCCCGAAGAAUUGUAUAUUUGGCACUAAUGUUAGGAUCAACUGCACAACCGUUCCGCAAUGUUUGCGGUAUUCAAUGUCGAGAGUCGCGAGAUGCCGGUUUUGCUGGCAACUCGAGCCGAGCGAGUACAGCUGCACACACACUUCGAACUGCUCGACGACCAGCGCCGAGUUGGUGCCGGUGUUGUGCUCGGCUCAUCAAGAUGUUCUGUGCAUGGGCAAUCGUCACUUUUACAAGAAGACCAGAUGCAACUGGACUUCCGGUCACAGCUGGGCGAAGGCGCUGUUCUUAUCGAUUACGCUGGGCGGAUUUGGAGUAGACCGUUUCUAUCUGGGCCUCUGGAAAUCGGGCAUCGGCAAGCUGUUCUCGUUUGGCGGGCUCGGCAUUUGGACGAUAAUCGACAUCAUCUUGAUCGCCGUCGGAUAUAUACGGCCGUCUGACGGAUCGCAUUAUGUCUCCACCUACCGUACCCCGCAAUUUCCAGGCCUAAUCGCCGUCGGGACGAGCGUGUGUGCUGUGGCGACACUUGCAUGCCUGUUGGCUGUUUGUCUAAUCGUCCAGGACAUCUCCUCAUUCCAUGCCCGGAUUCACAACGAACUCGACUCGUUCAAGACUCACUCGGACGAGGCAUGGAACGAGAUGCAAUCCGUGACGCGUGCCUCGGCGUUUGCCCAAACGAUGGCCAGAUUCACGCGUCAGGCGUAUGAUGCUGGUGGUGCCUCCGGUGGUGCUGGAGGAUCUGACCGCAGU